UUAUGGCAUCACUAACGCAUGGCAAUGUUUACAUUUGCGUAAAGGAAUUUUGAAAUCACAAAAUGUGCGGCAUUUUCUGCUCUAUAAGUGAAAAGAGCAGCGACGAUGUGGCAUCCGAACUGCACGGCACAUUGAAAACGCUGCUGCACAAUCGUGGACCCGAUGUGCAACACACACUUGCCAUCGACAAUCUGUUGCUCGCCGGCAACGUGUUGUGGCAACAAGGCGCGACGCCGCAACAGCAACCGAUCGUCAAUGAGCACUUGGUGCUGCUGUUCAAUGGCGAUCUGUACAACUUGGAGGCGGAAAAGGAGGCCACACAAUCGGACAGCACAUGGCUUAUGGAACAGCUUAUCAAAUGCCACACAGAGGAUGAGCUACUCUCGCUCUUUCGGCGUCUGGAAGGCCCCUAUUGCCUCAUGCUAUACAACAGUUUGGAGAAAGUGCUGUACUUCUGUCGCGAUGCCUUGGGCCGCAACUCGCUGAUCAUCGAACGGGAGGAAUCGCAGUCGAUACGGUUGCUGAGCACCUCGUGUCAUCUGCAGCAAACUGCGGCGAUGGAGCUGCCACCGCUGGGACUCUACAAGUUGCAGCUGGACGCGCUGCAGUCAUGUGUGCUGCAUCCAUGGCAAGAGUUGAACGAGGAGAAGACGCAACAGUUGCAGCAACUCGAUGUGGCCAUGGGUUGGCGCACAAAUGUGGCAUGCCCCAUAGCACCCGAAUGGCUCUCAUCAACAUCCUCAUCAACAGUGAGCAGCAGCUACGAUCUCUAUGCUUUGGUGGCAGCCGCCGCUGAUCUGCAACAGCAACAGUUGUAUGAGCAUUUAUUGUCACUUGAGCCGCUGCAACGGACAUUGCAAGAGUUUGCUGCGCGGCUGCAACAAUCGGUGGCACAACGAGUGCAGCAAACAGCGCCAGUUUGUGGCAGCUGCAUCCAUCGCGAUAAGUGUUGCGAGCAUGCCAAAAUUUGUGUGCUCUUCUCGGGCGGCAUCGAUUGCAGCAUUCUGGCGCUGCUCGCCGAUCGAUUUGUGCCCCCCAACGAACCCAUCGAGCUGAUCAAUGUGGCCUUCGAAAGGGUGGCAACAGCAGCAGCAACUUCGGCUGGCGAUGAGUUGUUGUGGCAAGUGCCCGAUCGUCAGACAGCGGAGCAAUCGCAUCGGGAGCUGCAACGUUUGUGUCCGCAUCGUCAGUGGCAGCUGCUCGAAGUGAAUGUGAGUCGCGAAGAAUUGCAACAGCAACUCAAGUGCCACAUCCAUCGACUGAUCUAUCCGCUGCAAACGGUUCUCGACGAGUGUUUGGGCAGCGCCUUUUGGUUUGCCGCCAAUGCCAAAGCCAACGGAGAUCAGUCGCAUGCUCGUGUUGCGCUGCUUGGCAGCGGCGCUGAUGAAUUGUUCGGCGGUUAUACGCGACAUCGCAACGCCCAUCGACGCGGCGGCAACGAGGCGUUGCAAUUGGAACUGGAGCGAGAUUGGCAACGUAUUCCAGCACGUAAUUUGGCUCGUGAUGAUCGUGUAAUUGCCGAUUGUGGCAAGACGGCGCGUGCCCCAUUCAUCGAGGAGCGUGUGGCGCAGUUUGUUCGUUCGCUGACGCCGCAGCAACGUUGCUGCUACACGCUUCCCGAAGGCGUGGGCGAUAAGUUACUCCUUCGUCUCUAUGGCUACAGUCUGGGACUGCGCGAUGCGGUGCUGCUCAAGAAGCGGGCGAUUCAGUUUGGUUCGCGCAUCGCUGACAAGCGACAGCAGGCCAAUCAAAUCUCCGAAUAUCUCCGCCUAGACAAACUGCAAAUCUGACCCUUGACUUCUUAUUGUAACAACAAAAAAAUGUAUAUAUAUAUUUUUU